CUAUCUGAAAUGAGCAAGCAACCGCAUGUAUUAGUUAUUCCAUAUCCAGCACAAGGCCAUGUUGCACCUCUUCUGAAAUUGGCCACAAAGAUUGCUGAACAUGGAAUCAAGGUCACCUUCGUUAACACAGAGUUUAUUGAGGCGAAAGUCAUGGCUUCGAUACCAGAGAAAGCUGAGGGAUGGAGCCUGAUAAAGUUUGUUUCAAUUUCAGAUGGAAUUGAACGAGAUGACGAUCGGAAAGACUUUGAUAAGACUAGAAAUACCAUGUUAAGAGUAAUGCCAGGUAACUUGAAGGACUUGAUUGAGAAAAUUAACCAAUCAAGUGACUGUGAGCAGAUCACAUGUGUCAUUGCUGAUAUAUCAGUUCGAUGGGCACUGGAAGUUGCCCAAAACUUGGGAGUUUCAAGAGCUGCAUUUAUACCUUAUGGACCAGAAAAUUUAGCCUUGUCAUUUCAUGUUACAAAGAUGAUUGAGGAUGGAAUUUUGGAUUCUAAUGGGAACCCGAUGAAUGAUGGGUUGAUCUCAAUAUCAGAGGGAACUCUUCCCUGGAAAAGAAACGAAAUCUGUUGGAGCUGCCGAGGUAACGAAAAGAUGCAGAAGAUUCUUUUUGAAUCUAUUUGUGCUGUUGUCCAAUUUGUCAAUAUUUCGAACUGGGUUCUUUCCAACUCAUUUUAUGAACUUGACCCAUCAUCCUGUGAUCUGGUUCCCAACAUAUUACCGAUUGGUCCAUUACUUGCGAGCAAUAAUUCACGGCAUUUGGCUGGAAGCCUGAGGCCUGAGGACUCAACUUGUUUAAGCUGGCUUGACAAACAAUCGAUAGGCUCAGUCAUUUACGUUUCAUUGGGCAGCACGGCUACCUUAAAUCAGCAACAAUUUGAGGAAUUGGCUCUUGGACUUGAAUCUUCAAGCCAGCCAUUUCUGUGGGUUGUUCGAUCAGACCUCGUGGAUGGAUCACUUACCGGAUUUCCAGAUGGUUUUAAAGAGAGAAUAACCGGCCGAGGAAAGAUUGUUGAAUGGGCAGCUCAAGAAAAGGUGUUGGCUCAUCCUUCUGUAGCGUGCUUCGUAAGUCAUUGUGGAUGGAAUUCAACCUUGGAAGGAUUAAGCAUGGGAGUCCCAUUUCUGUGUUGGCCCUACUUUGUGGAUCAAUAUCAGAACAGAAAUUAUAUAUGUGAAGCCUGGAAGAUUGGUUUAAAUUUAUGCCCAGAUGGGAAUGGGAUUGUUACUAGGCAUGAAAUACAGACAAAGGUCACAAAAUUGCUUAGUGAUGAAGGUAUCAAAAGAAAUGCAUUGAAGCUAAAGGAAACGGCUAUUAAUAGUCUUGUUGAAGGUGGAUCAUCAUUUGAAAAUUUUGAGAGAUUUAUUGUUGAGAUGAAGUCUAGUUAA